GAACAACUGCCAAUUGGUUGUCUGAAUCCUUAUGUCAUCCACCAUUAGCAAAGGAGGGUUGGAUGAUCUCACGGUAUGAUGGAGUUCAGUCAGCUAAGUCUCACUGGGAUUCGAACGAUUUUGGUGAGUUUGUAAGGGUCAGUGCAGGUAUAGAUAGGGAGAUUUCUGUUAUUUUCAUCCCAGUUUGUAGGCAUUCUGCAAGCAUUGGGCUUUUUCUAAAGGCACUGAAUGAAGUUCUCAAACUUCAAGAAGGAACCGGAAUAACAAAUAAGGGAGAGAACUACACCUGGAGAGAAAAAAGGUCAGGUUCUCUACAAAUGAUUGACCAGGUGAUUCAUGUGAAGGAAGGACUGGAGGAGCAGAUGAACAAUCCUUCUAUAUCCUCAACUCUUUUUGAACAGGAUAUCGCAAUGGUUUCAAGGCUAACUAGUGUCACAACAAAGGGAUAUGGCUCUGAUCAAGAUGAAAUAGUUGAUUCUAAGGAAGAGGAACAGGUACAAAUGCUUUUUCAGCCAGCUUUUGAUGCUUACUUUGAAUCCAUCUUCAAGGCUGUGGAGAGCCAAAUUCAAGAGGCUUUGGCAAAAAAAGCAGUGCAGGUUUUAGAUGUUUCCUCCUCCUUAGGGCAAGGUAAGGCUGGACCUCUACCUCUGUUGGCAAGGGGUUCUAAUAGUCUAGUGGACAAGGAAGAGAUUCGUACUCCUCUGCAGCAUGAAGAUUCUCUAGGUGUAGAGCCAGCUAGAAACUUGCCACUUAGCCACGAAGAGCAAUUGCUAAUUGAUGGGCUGCUUAGCCAAACUCCGAAGAUGGAAGCUUCAACUUGGGCGGACUCUAUACAACCGGAACUAGAUCUCAUGCUUAUAGAUGAAAAAGUGGAAGAACAGGCACGAGGGGAUUUUCAAAAACGGUAUGAGAUGCUUAAGCCCAUUUUCGAACAACAUAUUAGCGAUGACUUCGAGAACUCCCUUUGGAUGAUCAAGGAAGCAUUACGUUCGCCCUUCAUCAAGGAAAAUAUUCAAAAGGGUCUUGUUUCAUCUCUUCAGGGUAAGGCUUUAAAAGCGACAAGGGAGGCCAUGAAGAGUGCGCAAUGCAUAAGAGCUAUUAAGCUGAAAGAUCGGAAACCCAAACCUAUCUAUCGACGAUGGGAAUCUCGCCGGGCUGAUGGACACCGGACCUAUUACAAACCCCUCUCAACAUUUGGACAACGUUGGGGUUCUGGUUCUAGAAAGCCAAUCGUAGAUUCGAGGUGGCAAUACCUCUCAACGAAAGGCAGAAAGCGCAGCAUCCAGAGCCAAACUCAGAGAAGGAGUAAUGGAAAUGUUAUGCAGUGGAGAUACCUUAAAGAAUCUAGUCCGAGUUUUCAAAGCAAAAACAAAUCCUUCCAAUUCCACAUUGAGAAUAAGGUAUUUCGCCUCUUUCACUCCUUCUACCACAACAAUUUUUGCAUCUCAGAGUUUGGGCGUAGGGCAUUCCAUAUUUGGUUGAAUUUAGCUGAGGUUCAGUGGCUGACUGAAAUUCUUCCCAAUAGCAAUCUGCGUAGCUUUUGGGCCUUAUCUAGAUAUGAGGAAGGAAGGAAAGUGUAUGUAUCUUAUGGCUUUAAUCGAUGGGGUUCUUAUGUGAAAAUCAGAGUUACAAAGGAUGUUGUUACUAAUUCUGUCAUUAUUCCAGUGGAUAGGGAUAACCCAUUCCUUUUCAGUCGUGCGCUUGACUCCUUCUUUGGUAAGAUUAUAGACUCCAAAAUUGAUAAGAGAACUGCAAAGGAGGAUGUUACCUUCUCUGCCUCUGGUACUAAUAAUUCGCAGGCCAAGGAGGAUGUUAUCUAUUCUGCCUCUGGUAUUGAUGAGAGAUCUGCAAAGGCACUUGCAUCCACUAGUUUCAAGGACAUACCUUCCUCAUCUAGCAAACUUGUCUCUUCCAACUCUUGCAUAUCCAGCACGGCAGAGAUAAGUUCCGACUCAACUCUUCAGAUCAAGGAGGAGACAAAUCUUGUUUCCAAGGACAAGAAACUUGGAGACUUUUUUUCUCAGCUUUGGAUUCAAUUCUUACAACUUAAUGUUGACAAGUUUGCAGCUUUUAUAGAUGGUUUUGGUAUCCAGGCUUCUCUUUUAUCUAAACUCACUGGAAAAGAGAAUGGUAAUCUUGCUUUCUUGGAGGAUCCCAUGGCUGAAGAUCCACCUUUAGAGGCUCAAAAUACUUUGGAGGAAGAACCCGAUUCACCUUUAGAGGAUCAUAGUAAUUCGGAGCAAGUCUCUUCAGAUAGAUUGGCAUUGGUUCAAUCGUUUGAACCUAUCCAGGCUAUUUAUCCUUUAGUGGAUCAUUCUCAAGUUGACCACUCCGCUGUUCGUGCUUAUCACUCUGAUUCUGAAAUCUUUGUAAAGGAGGACAACAUUGCGUUUCUUCCUUUCUUCAGAGAUCAAACAGAUUUUGAUCCUGAUCCGGAGCCUUAUAGAGAGUGGUAUCCUGAUGACGGUAUUGAGCCUGAUGAUCAUCUUCGGCGUUGGGGAGGACCUAAAGGACUUACGACAGCUUUAAUUGGUAAUAAUGAUGAGGGCAGAAUUAUUUUUAAAAGAGGUUGUGUGUGUGGUUCCAGCCCACCUGCCCCAAGGAGAAGUUUAAGACUUGCAAGGAGAAGGCAUCUCCACUCUCCCAUUCGAUCUGAGUGCUCUUUCGACACUAGAGAAAAUUGGGAAUCCUGACUUCGCUCUAAGGACAUGGCAUUUUGGGUUAUGACAUUUUGAUUAUGCUUCUCUUUUGCACUUUUAGAUGUCCUUGUUAACUUUUUCCCCAUGGGUUUGAAUGAAUAAUAAGUAUUGUUUAGGCAGUCUUGAGUCCCUGGCUAUUGUUUCAGGUUGGCAAUAACCACAAUGCAACAGAUUCUUUGAUUCUGAUUUUCGAAUAUGGAUCUUCUGGCUUUCUAAACCAAAUUGUGGUCAGUUUA